CUCCCUCCCUCCCCCUCAGGCUCGUCCCCCUUUCCCUUCUCUCCCCGUCUCCCCCCUCCCUUGGUCUUCCUUUCCUGGCGGCGACGACUGGGCAAUCGGUGGCGCGUCUUCGCCCGGCCCUUUGCCGGCGACGAGCAUCCACCAGGCUGAUCUGGUCUUUUGGUUCCGUGGAGUUGAUCUGGCAGCGCGGGGGCCCAUCGGUUAAGCAGUCCGGAUCAUGCUUCUUUCAGUUUAAAAGCUUGGAUCUCGUAGGUGUGAUCCAUUCCUUGGAGUGCAAAGAAUCGAUUGCUCCUUGCUGCGACAAUCAUGCAGAGUGGGGGCGAGAUGAGGCCUGUGCACAACAGCGUUGACACAGUGAACGCGGCCGCCGCCGCCAUUGUCACAGCGGAGAGCCGUGCAGAACAUCCCGCGGAGCCGCGAAGGAAAUGGGCUGAUCGGUUGAGUGUAUACUUCUGCUUUGGGUCUCAGAAGAAUGGUCGGCGCAUCAACCAUGCUGCACUUGUCCCAGAACCCGCGUCUCAAAGGACAGAUGCGCCUGCAGCAGAAAUUCCAAACCACCCACCGCCUCCUGUAUUCCCAUUUGUGGCACCUCCGUCCUCUCCAGCUUCUUUCCUCCAAUCAGAACCCACAUCUAUUGUACAAUCGCCAAGGGUCGGCGCUCCACCAUUUUCACCCCUCUCGCCGAAUUCCCCGUCCCCCACAGGGCCACCAUCCAUCUUUGCUAUUGGGCCGUAUGCACAUGAGACACAGCUAGUCUCACCACCAGUAUUCUCAGCCUUCACAACUGAACCAUCAACUGCUCCUUUCACUCCUCCACCGGAGUCUGUCCAUCUGACAACCCCUUCCUCUCCGGAGGUCCCAUAUGCAAAGCUUCUGACUUCGAUCAACAACAGCAAGAAUGGUGAAACAGGUGAUCUUCAGUCAUAUCCGAAUUACCCAGACAGCCCAAUAGGGCGCCUGAUAUCUCCAAGCUCAGGUUGUUCUGGCACUUCCUCCCCAUUCCCUGACCCUGAGAUGCUGGCUUCCUCACGCUACGCAUUCCCCUCAUUCCCAGUUCGUGAGCCACCAAAGAUAUUGGAUGGAGAGGGUGUUGCAACACAGAAGCUGAUACCCCGCCAUAUGCGCAAUGGUGGUUCCCUUUUGGACGGCCACAUUACAGCAGCUGUUCCAGUUGCAGACUUCUCAGCCCGCCUUCAGCCCAAUGAUCAUGCUAUGGACCACCGGGUAUCAUUUGAGUUGACUGUAGAAGAUGUGGCGCGGUGCCUAGAGAAGAAAACUGCUAUUUCUGGGGAUUCUGCCACAGCUUCUUUUCAUCUUGCACCACCCACCAGCAGUGGCGAUCACAAGAGGGAGUCUAACGACCCCAGGGCGGGGCUAUACGUUGACGAGACAUACCAUGACCUGCCUGAGAAAGCAAGGCGGUCGCUGUCCCUUCGCCUGGCCAAGGAGUUCAACUUCAACAACGUGGAUGUUGCUAAUGUGGAGCCAAGUGUGGGGUCUGACUGGUGGGCGAAUGAGAAGGUUGCUGGGAUCACUCCCGAGCCAGAAAAAAGCUGGUCCUUCCACCCAGUGGCACAGCCGGGGGUCAGCUAGUCGUCUUACUGGAUGAAGGAGUGAGCUUCUGCCUCUUUUGCUGCUGCUUCAGUACUUGAUUUUCACAGAUAUUGCCAUUAGAGAUGCAAAACUAUGGUAGACUUUGCAGUUAGUGAUGAUCCAAGGUUAGAUAGUGAUUCCAAGUGAAGCUAAUAUCAUGGUGAGAUACUAAAGGAUUCGGGAGUCUCUGGUUAUGUCAAUGUGUGUUGUAUCCUGUCUGUGUACUGACUGACCUGGUCACCUGAUACCUACCGGUGCUGCUGCUGUGUCUGUACAUAAUAAGCUACUGUAUGUAGUUCAAAAGGGUAGAACUCCUUGAUUUGGUCAGUGUUGGUGGCAGAUGCUGAAUUGUAUGUAUAAUCGACAAAUUACCCUCCGUGUCGCA